GGGAAACCCUCACACUCACACUCCCACUCACACUCACAGACCCUCAAACUCACGUAGAGUCCAGAGGCAAUCCCUAGAGAAUGACAACCUCGCCGUCGAUGGAGUCCCUGAUCCUCCAGCUCCACGAGAUCUCCGCCGUGAAGUUCGGUAACUUCAAGCUCAAGUCCGGCAUCUCCUCUCCAAUCUACAUCGACCUCCGCCUCAUCGUCUCCUACCCCUCCCUCCUCUCCCAAAUCUCCCAAACCUUAAUCUCCUCCCUCCCCGCCUCCACCAGCUACGACGUCGUUUGCGGCGUCCCCUACACCGCCCUCCCCAUCGCUACCUGCGUCUCCGUUUCCCACAAUACCCCCAUGCUCAUGCGCCGCAAGGAGGUCAAGGACUACGGAACUUCCAAAUCCAUCGAGGGCACUUUCGUCAAAGAUCAGACCUGCCUGAUCAUCGAGGACCUCGUCACCAGCGGCGCGUCCGUGCUCGAGACCGCCGAGCCGCUACGCGCCGCGGGGCUGAGGGUCGAAGACGCCGUCGUCUUGAUCGAUAGGGAGCAGGGCGGGAGGGAGAAUUUGUUGGAGAAUGGGAUUAGGCUUCACGCGUUGAUCAGAUUGACGGAGAUGGUGAGGGUGCUGAGGGAGAAGGGUAAGGUGGAGGAGGACAUGGAGCGCGUGGUGCUCGGGUUCCUGGAGGAGAAUAGGAAGGUAGCGGUGCCGAAGGCGGUGAGGGUGAAGGGUUUGGGUUUCGGGGAGAGGGCGAAGAUGGCGAAGAAUGCGACGGGGAAGAGGCUCUUCGAGGUGAUGGUGGAGAAGGAGAGUAAUUUGUGUUUGGCUGCUGAUGUUGGGACCGCCAAGGAGUUGCUUGACUUGGCCGAGAAGGUUGGCCCGGAGAUAUGCAUGUUGAAAACUCACGUGGAUAUAUUGCCUGACUUCACCCCAGAUUUUGGCUCUAAACUUCGCGCGAUUGCUGAUAAAUAUAAUUUCUUAAUCUUCGAAGACCGUAAGUUUGCAGACAUUGGUAACACAGUGACAAUGCAGUAUGAAGGAGGUAUCUUUCGGAUAUUGGAUUGGGCUGAUAUCGUUAAUGCUCACAUAAUUUCUGGUCCUGGAAUCGUAGAUGGACUGAAGUUAAAGGGUUUGCCUCGGGGUAGGGGCUUGUUGUUGCUUGCUGAAAUGAGCUCAGCUGGUAAUCUUGCAACGGGAGACUACACAGCUGCAGCAGCAAAAAUUGCAGAGGGUCACUCUGAUUUUGUGAUUGGCUUCAUCUCAGUUAAUCCAGCAUCAUGGCCAGGGGCACCUGUAAAUCCAGCAUUCAUUCAGGCAACCCCUGGAGUCCAAAUGGUAACUGGUGGUGAUGCACUUGGUCAGCAGUACAACACUCCAUAUUCUGUCAUCUAUGAUAGAGGUAGCGACAUAAUAAUCGUAGGCCGCGGAAUUAUUAAGGCCGCAAACCCGGCAGAGGCAGCUCGGGAGUACCGUCUGCAAGGAUGGGAUGCAUACUUGGCUAAAUGCACCUAAGCCUCAUGCUUGCAUGGUUUGCUAAUUGAUGGAUAUGCAUAAACUUUUUGCUUGAAUGAAAGCUAGAGUGCCAUGUAUUCUUAAAGCGUGGUAUCUAAGCCUCAUGCUUGUAUGGUUUGCUAAUUGAUGGAUGCAUAAACUUUUUGCUUGAAUGAAAGCUAGAGUGACCUGUAUUCUUAAA